AUGCACACCCGACGGGGGGCAGCUGGCCCUGGCUGGGGGUCUGGCACAGCCACAGCAGGUGUCUGGAGCUCCCGGGAAUGGGCCGAGGAGGAGGAUCGCCACACGGGACGCGAGGGCAGGACCGGCGGUGAGGUGGGAGUAAAGGUUGGAUUUUAAGGCGGGGGCGGCUCCCGGAGCCACGCGCUCAGGCUGGAAAGCGGGGUGAAUGCCGGGUCGGCGGGUGCACCUUUUUCUGCACCCCUGCGCCCACCUCGGGAAGUGCACACGGCACCCCCCACCCCGCACGUACUUUCAUAAGUACGGCCUGCAGGGCUCCCCUGUCGAACGAAGCUAAUGGUUUGCUCCGCCCCGCCCACACAGAGGCCGCCCACAGGCUCUGCAGCUUCUCAGGACUCCUCUGUCAGACCAACUACAGAAGGCGCUUGGCCUUCGCCCUCUCUUCAAGGCUAGGGGGCGUUGUCUUCGGUUGUGACCCCGCACUUGGACCCAAACAGGGUCCUAGCCUCCGCCUUGGACUUAUGCCUAGGAAGCGGGCCAGCCUCCCGCUUCAGACCUUGGGGGAAAGUCUCUACCUCUGCUCUCAGACUCUGAAAAGCGUUUCUUCC